GUUUGCAUGUAUAAUUUUUUUAAUGACCUAAUGUAUGGUUUGUUUCAUAUUUCAAAUUUGCAGGACUUUGAAAACUUAGGAGACAAAGACAACGUAGAUUACUCCGGUAGAUUUGUUACGGAUAGGGAAUUUGAUUCCUUAGAUGAAUUACAUAGUUGGGCCGAUGCGACAGCAAUAACAAUGGGCUUUCAAUUUACACGUGCUUGUUAGUGUGUAUUUAAGAUGUCACCGCUAUGGUAAUAUUAGGGGUGAUUUACAUAAUCUAGAUAAUGCUGCCUGACCUGGUUCUAAAAGUAGAAGUUGUGGGUGUAAAUUUUUUAUUGUAGCAAGUAGUCGUAAACCAGGAGAAAGAUCUUGGACGGUAAGGGUAUGUCCUGGUGAAAAAGAAAGACAUAACCACCCGUUCUUAGUGUACAAAGAUGGUCAUGUAAGGGAAAAUAGGAUCAAUGUAGAUAUUCGGGAGCAGCUUUGUGCAACCGGCAUGCAACCGGCCUUUAUAAUGAUUUCUAUUAGAGAAAAUUUUCCUGAUUUUAAAACUAGUAUGAAUCAGAUUUAUAAUGCUAGGCAAUCAAUAAGGAGGGAAGAGAUGGAGGGUAGGACUCCCCUUCAAAACUGUCUUUAUAUGGCCACAGAACUUAAUUACGUGGUCUGGACAGACUUGGAGAAUGAAGGGGGAUUGAGUAGAUUAUUAGUUGCAAAUCCUACCUCUAUCCAAAUGAUACGUACGUGACCGUAUGUUGACCGUAUGUUGUGUUGAUAGAUACAACAUACAAAACAAACAAACAAAACUGGUUACUGUGUGAAGUCAUCGGAAUGACGCCAACCAAUCACAACUUCUUGGUUGCAUUCUGUUUGAUGCGAGAUGAGGCGGCUAUGUCAUAUUCAUGGGUGUUGUAGGGAUUAAGAGAUAUUUUUGGCACAGCUCAUACUCCUAGCGCCAUUGUAACCGAUCGAGAUGAAGGUUUAUCUGCAGCUAUUCGUGACGUCUUCCCAGGGAAAAGAUGUGCGACAUUUGUUAUGCAUUUGGCAUAUUGCAAACGACGUUGAGAACAUGGUGGACAAGUUGUGUGGCAGGAAAAGAAAUCAACAAGGGCAGAUAUUCAGGAAAAGUAGAUGGAACCCCUUGGUUGAAAGUUCUACAAUCGACGAAUUUGAACAGAGAUGGCAAUCGAUCGUGACUACCUUGUCGGUUGGGAACAAAAAGGUCGUUCGGUAUUUGGCUGGAACAUGGAUUCCACUUAGAGAAAAAUUUGUGCGUGCGUGGACGAAUGAAUGUUUACACAUGGGUAACUAGACUACCAGCAGAGUUGAAAGCCAACACUCGUCUUUCAAGUAUUAUCUUGGUAGCGGUAAUAGCUCAUUUGAUACCCUGUUCAAAAGGGCACUCGCAAAGAUUACAAACCAGCAAGCCAAGAUCCGACAAGCGCUACAGGAAUCCAUGAAUUCUGUAGCAAGGUCGUUGCAACAACAUUUCUUUAGACCUUUAUAUCGCCAUGUAUCUAUCUAUGCCUUGGAGCAGCUGUGGCUUGAGCAUAACCGCAUGUUAGAUUUGGGUGAUUUUGUACUUAAUAAAUGCGGUUGUGUACUUCAACGCACCCAUGGAUUGUCGUGUGCUUAUUAUUUAUAUAUGUCCAUCGGUUCACAAGGUGCUUUGUAUUUGAAUGACAUUCAUCCAUUCUGGAGUACCUUGACGUACACAAAGGUACGAGAUGACACAAACGAAGGAGUACGAUACGCGAACGCCGAUGACAAAGAGUACUUUCAGUUUUUGGUCGAUGAAGUCCUAAAAUAUGAUCCCGCAGUUGUACGACGCUUGUCUCAGGUACUUGAGUAUGAACUACACUCUAAUGGAGCCGAUAUACCUGAGCCUUACGCAAGUCCACCUAGAAAGGGAAGACGAACCACAAGCAAAACCCUUAGAAGAAAUAAAAGCGCAUUUGAAUAUAGCAGAUCAUCUUCUGGUGGUCGAGGGUCUAGAUCUUCAUCCCGCGGGAGAUCUAGUGGUAGAUCUAGUGGUCGAGAAACGCAAUCCUCAGUUGGAAUUAAGUUUAGUUUCAACUUAUCGGGAGGUUAUGAUUUUUCACUGUUUCCAUGGCCUAAUCACAUCCCGCACAUUUUUCCUCCUUACUUGUUUGAUUGGAUUGAUGUCUUAGGUGAUGGUAACUGUGGAUUUAGAGCUAUUGCCACCACAGAGUUAGGAGGCGAGGAGGCAUGGCCUCUUUUAAGACAUGCUAUGUGUAUGGAAAUGCAAAUGAAUAGAGACCAAUACCUAAGUUUGUAUCAAUCGCAGGAGUUGUUAGACGAUGCUAUAUUCAGAAUUGGUUCACACGGCAAUGGACCUACUCCUUAUAUUCACUGGAUGGAUACACCGAUGACAUUGUACUCUGCAGCAACGUUUCUUAACAUUGGCAUUGCAUAUUAUGGUUCUGCUGACGGUAAUUCGUUGUACAACUGUUUGGUUCUUCCGUUAAGGAAAGCAUCGGACGUGCAUAGUGUAAAUAAAGUUAUACAUAUAUGUUGGGUGAAUGGAAAUCAUUUUGUUCAACUAUUAAUGAAUGACGAUUCAUCUCCACUGCCGCCAGUCCAUCAACGUUGGAGAGAAGCAGUUGACAAUUUUUCCAGACAUAUAAAAACACAUUUUACUAGUAGGAUUAUGCUUUGGAAUAAACUAUGCGGGUCACGACCACCACAACGUAAUAACACCGCUGAAGAUGCUGUAAAUUUAGAUAGUCCAUAGUGUAACGUGAUGUGUAAGUCAUUUUCAGUUUUACUACAGAAAUCGUAGAUGGGAUUCAAUUUGUAGAUAGUCCAUAGUUAUACUAUUGUGUACGUCAUUACUAUAGAAAUUGUAGAUGAAAUUCAAUAUCUAUAGUAAUUUUGUAAACUAAUAAAAGCAUUAAUGUAAACAUGAAUUAAAUUUAAUGUAAAAAGCGUUGAUAUAAAUAAAU